AUGCCCCAGUGGGUAGGGCGUCUCCUGCGGAGUCGGUUCUUCGGGCUCUGCGAGAAGCACGAGGAGCUGAGGAAGAGCGAGCUCAACAUGUACUGCAUAGAGUGCAACGCCUCCCUCUGCGGCCACUGUCUCUCCCCUCCCUCGGCCUGCCACCGCGGCCGCCGCUGCCACCGCUUCCUCCAGAUCUGCCGCUACGUCUACCACGACGUCAUCCGCUCGCGUGACCUGAAAAAGUUUGUGGACUGCUCCAAGGUUCAGGUUGUUGCACCCUGUGAACCGCGCCGCCACAUUCCACCUCCCCUAUGCAAUCCCCCCGGGUUUUCUCAAUAUUUGGUCUCAUUUCGUCUACGUUUGAUCUCGUUCGACAGACCUUCGUUGUGAACGGAGCCAAGGUCCUCUUCUUGAACCCUAAAAGACAAGCUAAGCCGGCCACUAAUGGGAGUAAUGGCGGGCAUCUGUGUCUGGCAUGCAGAAGGCCCGUUCCGGAUCCCAAUCGCUAUUGCUCUCUGGCCUGCAAGGUGGAGGAGAAUAUCAAGGUAGGUUUUCUUCUUUCACCGCCAUGUGAAACAAUUGAACCAACUCCAAUCCUUACCAACUUAGUUUUCCGUGUUCUUCUUUAUAAUGGAUUAUUGUAGGGUAAGAACACAGGUUGAAAAAGGCAAACGAUAUAAAGUUUUAUGUCCAUUGUUUAACCAUUCUUUUACUAUAUAUAUUCGGUGGUUUUAAUCAGACUUUGGAGAUGAACAUGGUUGAUAUAAUUACGCCAGCUCCAAUCUUUGCUGGUUUUUUACUUUUCUUUUUCUGGUCUUCGCAAUGGAUUAUUAUUAGGCAAGUACGCUGCUCAAAAGGGUUCAGUACUGCACCGACGUCUUUGGGCGACUGUUACAGCUUUUCUUUCAUUUUUAUCGGAAACAUUUUCUGUUCAUGCAUGCUUUUCUUUCAUUUUUAUCAGAAAUACUUUCCAUUCAUGCAUGCUUUUCUUUAACCCCCCCCUUUCAUUUAAUCUGUUUUCCAGGAAUUAAACGUUGCUUGAACUAUGCUGGCAAGUCUAGUAUCUAAUUUUAUUUUUUUCUGAUUUUUCUUCGGUUAUUGCUGGGAAAGAACAGUCCUCGCAAGAGUCCAACGAUCUAAUAACGUCUUUUGGCGAUUGCUACGUCAGUUUUGUUUUUCUUGGAAUGUUUUCUCUCAUGCAGGGUUUCUUUCCGUUGUUUAAUAAGAUUUUCCCGGAGAUGAAUGAUACUUGAAAUAGCUACAGCAACUCCAAUUGUUAAUUCCAGAUGAUUCCGUUUGUCUCAUCUUGUUUGCUUCACUUUUUUUUUUCUUUCAGUCGUUCAAUCAAAUCUUCUCGAAGGUGAACUAUGCAGGUGCCGGUCAGACCCCCGGGAUCAACGACGACAAGUGUCGGUUCGUGCGCUCCCUCCGCUCCCGAGCCAUCAAGAAAGCGGACUCCUCGGCUGCCGUCUCAUCUCUCCAGCACCCGGAUUCGAACGGCGGAGACGCCCCAGCAGCUGCCAGCAAAAGAGGCGCCCACAAGAGGAAAGGCGUGCCCCGAAGGUCCCAUUUUUUCUGA